AUGGCCUCUGUUCCAUCUGCAAGUCAGUGGGGAUCCCCUAUUGCAAGCAAGAGAGCACUCCUCAUACAUGGUGGAAACUCGUCUUCGCACACGUUCCACCGUGUUGCAUCGAUGCUUGCGGCCAAAGGAUACUUGGUCGUUGCUCCUAACCUCCUUGGACAUGCUCUCAGGAUGCCUGGAGUUGACUUUCGAGCCCAGACAUUGGCUGACGACCUCUUGCCUUAUCUUCAGGCUGCUGAAUAUGAUAUAGUCAUCGGCCACUCAAUAGGCGGACUCGUAGUACUAUCGCUUCUCAAGUACCUGCCGAGAACCAGGCCCGUCUCAGUAGUUCUCAUCGAUACAUCCGUGGAGUUAAGUGCGGAGCAAAUGGCAGUAGUUCGGAGAGCCAAGGUACCUAACGAUGUCCGAGCCAAACCUAACCCCACAGUAGAAGAUUACAUGGCAUCGAACCCUCUAUGGACAAGAGAGGAUGCCAUUUGGAGAUCGUUGGGGAUCCAGAUCGGUAGAGCGACCAACUACGAUGAUCACAUGGAUGGUAACAUGCCAUGGUCGUUCUCGCAUUUGUUCGCAGACAGGCCUGCUGCUGCCACAUUGACGAUUCUGAUCGCAGAUCCGCAAUCUCAGGCUAAUGGUGCUUCGAAGCUGGAGGCUGUUGCAAAAUUCAAGGAGGUCAGAGCAGUGAUCGUUCCGAAUGUCUCGCACUGGAUACAUUAUGAAUUCCCGGAAGUGAUCGUUGAAGAGGCGCUGAGGAAUAUCGGCGAAGAGCAAGGCGAUGGCCCGUAA